UGAGAAGAAGCUUGAAGUGUUGCUCUCUCGGCGACGCGAGCACCGUCCGCGGAGUGAGAGACCGAGGAGAAAGAAAAGAGCGAAAAAACACACGUGCCGCGAUGAGCUGAUACGCGACGCGGUGCUGCGAGGACGUAGGAUCUUGAACCGACUUUAUGAGGUGACGAUGUGGACGCUUCUGCUGCUCACGCUCUUCCUAUCGCCUCCGUCAUGGGGUCAGGUGAUCAACCGUGCCCCGCAUUUCGUGCAAGGUGGCGACAUGGCCAGGCUGGCGGUGUCGGAGGGCACGCCGCCGGGCGCUCCCGUCUACAAGCUGCAGGGUGAGGACCCUGAGGCCUCCAAGCUGCACUACUCCAUCAGCGGGGAGUACUUCACGGUGAAUCGUGACACCGGCGUCGUCGUUCUCCGAAAGCCGCUGGACAGGGAGACGCAAGACCUGAUCGAAGUGAUCAUCAGCAUAACGGACGAAGGGAUCGCCGGAUCGGAGCCGAAUACUGUGUCCCUUCGCCGCGAGAUCGCCGUGCUGGACGAGAACGACAACCCGCCGGUCUACCACGGCAGGCCGUACGCGGCCAGGGUGCCCGAAAGCGCGCACGUGGGUGGCCUGUUGGUUCCGCCUGGCACGAUCACGAUCACCGACCUGGACGGCGGCGUGAACGCGGACAUCCACGUGGAGUGCGUCUCCGCGUCGCGGGACGACGACGUCUGCGAUGUCUUCGAUGUCCUCGCCGAGAAGCUGGCAGAGGGGAGGUACGACGUGCAGAUCACGCUGGCGAAGCCGCUCGAUUACGAGCGGAGGAAUUCGUACCUGAUCAAUCUGCUGGCGGUGGACGGUGCCAGCGACGCGGCCAAGGUGCUGCAGGCUAGAGCCACUGUGGCCGUCGACGUUCUCGACGUUCAGGAUCAGCCGCCCGUGUUCCUGAACGCGCCGUACAGCGCGGCGUUGCCGGAGAACACGCCGACCGGCCACACGGUCCUGACGGUGAGGGCCCGUGACGGCGACACCGGCGAGCCGAGGAACCUGCUGCUCGCCCUCGAGGAGGACGAGAAGGGCCACUUCGACCUGGAGGUGUCGCGGGAAGGUGACGUCACCGUCGGCAAACUGGUCACCGCUAACGUCUCCCUCGACAGGGAGGACCCAAAGAUUCUGCAGAAUGGGGGCAUCUACACGUUCCAAGUGAAGGCCACCGAGCUCAUCAACAACGAGAUACCAGCGGACACGGCGACCUCGAUCGUCACCAUCGUUGUCACCGACGUGGAUGAUCAGAUGCCCGUUUUCAACGAGAACGCAUUCGACGUCAUGAUCUCGGAGGACAUCGGGCUGGACACCCCGUUGCCAGGUCUGAAUGUGAUCGUGAGCGACGGCGACGUCGGCGAGAACGCCAGGUACGCGUUAGCUCUGAGGGACGUGCCAGGUUACCCUGGAAUUAGCGACGCAUUCACCGUUAGCCCGAAGGAAGCCCAAGGCAGGGUUCCCGUUGUGAUCAAAGCGAGGAACGUCGAGGUGCUGGACUACGACGUGGACGACCCUGCGAAGAGAGAACUCGAAUUCGACGUUGUCGCGCUCGUCGGGAACGAAGCGGUAGCCACGUGCCGAGUCCACAUCCGCCUGGUGGACGCGAACGACCACAGCCCGAAGUUCACGCACCCGUUCUACGAGUUCUCGGUGCCCGAGGACGCCGAGAUAGGGAGCAAACUGGGCGACGUGGUGGCGAAUGACCGCGACAGCGGCUCCUUCGGCGAGCUAUCGUACGCGCUGCGAGGUUUCGGCGCCGACAAGUUCAAGACGGACCCGAAGACCGGCGGCGUGUUCGUCGGCAAGCCGUUGGACUACGAGUCGAAGAGGCUGUACUUCCCGACGAUGGAGGCCACUGACGGAGGCGGGAAGGUGUCCGUCGCCGGCAUCUUCAUAGACCUGGUGGACGUGAACGACAACAAGCCAGUCUUCGAGCAGUCCACGUUCUCCAGAACGGUCAGGGAGGACGCGACCAGUUUCGAUCCGCAGAUGUUCGUCAGGGCGACGGACGCCGACGGGCCCAGCCAGGGGAACGGCAAGGUGACCUACUCGAUCAGUUCGCACAACAGCGUGACGGACGAUGUCUUCAAGAUAAAUCCGGACACCGGCGAGGUGACGAUGUCGAAGCCGGUCCGCUCCGGGGACACCGAGAGAGGCAUUUACGAGCUGAAGAUUCGCGCCACGGACGCGGGAACGCCGCCACUGUUCUCCGAGGCGGAGCUCCUGGUCCGAGUCGGCGUGCCCGGGAAUCAGAAGCCCAUAUUCCGUGGGAAUUACAAGUCGAAUCUUCCCGGGCCGAACAGCUAUCGCGCGAGGCUCUUGGAGAACGCUUCGCCCGGAACGGAAGUGAUCAGAGUGGUGGCGAACGAUCCCGAUGGACGUGACAAUCUGUUGCAGUAUCACAUCGCGUCCGGUGCUAAAGACAACUUCGUUAUAAACUCUAGCUCUGGUGUGAUUACUGUGUCUCCAGAUGCCCGUCUGGAUCUGGAAACCGGCGGCGAGAAAUACGAAGUGAUCGUUUAUGCCGUAGACUCCGGCACGCCUGUCAGGGAAACCGCCUCCACCACCGUCACCGUGAACAUCAUCGAUGUGAACAACAAGCCGCCGGUGUUCAACGUGUCGACGUAUCUUGUUUACGUGUCCGAGAGAGCUGGCAUUGGCGAGCCUGUCCUGAAGGUGGCGGCUACCGACCCCGACUCUGACGCCAUCUUAGAAUACUCCUUGGUGGAGCCGAUAAAGGCUGUCGAUAAAACCGGCGUGGCACUGAAGAGCACCGCGUCCUACGACUACAAGACGGCUUUCCGUAUCAAUUCAACUACCGGUCAGAUAACGGUGAACCGCGUCCUUGACUACCAAGUGGCAGCGGUGAUCAUCCUGACCGUUCAAGCCCGGGACUCGAACGCCGUCGUCAACAAGGAGAAGCAGUUCGCGAGGGUCGAAGUGACGAUCUACAUACAAGCGUACAGCGACGACAAUCCGACGUUCUCCAACACCGGGUGGUCCCCUAACAACCCCGUGAUCAGGAUUUCGGUGCCGGAAGAACAACCGCUCGGCACGACCUUGUUGAUGCUGUCGGCCAAAGAGCCCACCACUGGCUACGCUGUGCAGAGGUUCGAGCUGGUCAGGGACGACAACGACGAGGGAUACGUCAACGUCGGUGUUCAGAGCGGGAACGUUGUCCUCAGCAGGAUAUUGGACUACGAGGCGCUAGUUCGGAAGUCGAUCCGGUUCAAAGUGCGCGCGCUGGCCAGGGACUACGAGAUCACGCGCAAGAUGUCCGAGGCGAACGUGAUCGUCGAGGUGCAGGACACGAACGACAACAGCCCGAUAUUCACGCAGGACGACUACAAGAUCUCCGUCCUGGAGUCCGCGAAGCCGGGUAAGACGGUGCUUACCGUGAAAGCGACGGACAUGGACAGCUCGGUGACGGAGCAAGAGAUCGAGCGCGGCUACGGCGAGGUCAGGUACUCCAUCACCGGCGAGAACGCGAACAUGUUCGAGGUCGAUCCGACGAGUGGCAGCAUUCAGAUAAACGUGAACACGAGCCUGGACAGGGAGAAGCAGUCGGUGCUGCGGUUCUACGCGGUGGCCUCGGAUAUGCCGCAGGGUGGCGCCGAGCAGCGCAGCACCAGGGCCCUGGUGACCAUCGACGUGCUGGACGUGAACGACAACGCGCCGACCUUCGAGCAGGAGGCGUACACAGCUGUGAUACCAGAAAACGCCCCGCCACGUGUCAGCGUGGUGAACAUCACCGCGACGGACCCGGACGAGGGCGAGGGCGGGGUGAUACACUUCGAGAUCAUCGACGAGGGCGAGGCGAAUGGACUCUUCAAGAUAAACCACACGACCGGCGAGAUCUUCUCCGGCAAGGCGUUGACGGGGAAGGGCAGGACGGAGCCGUACAUCAUGAGGAUCAGGGCGCAGGACGGCGGUGAGCCGGAGCUGUACACCGACGUGAUUCUGACGCUGUACAUAGGCGACGUGGUCAGCAACGACGGGGUGCCGUUGUUCAUCAGGCCAACGUUCGAGGAGGUGGCCCACAUAGCCGAGAACUCUACCCUAGGCAGCCCGGUGUUCCAGGUGGUGGCCUCGGACCCGGACGACCCGAAUCUGCCGAACGGCAAGAUCACCUUCAAGUUCCUGGAGGACGGGAACUUCGGCAAGGACGCCAGCGCCUUCAGGAUCAACGCCGAGACCGGACUGAUCACCACCAGGAAGCUGCUGGACCGCGAGCUGAAGGACAGCUACACGCUGAUCCUGGUGGCCCAGGACCUCGGAAGCCCGCCCCAGCAAGCGACCAGGGUGCUGCAGGUGAUCGUGGACGACAUAGACGACCACAAGCCGCGCUUCAAGAGGAACCUGGACAGCCCGCCCAUCGAGCUGACGAUCUACGAGGAGACGCCGCCUGGCACCAGGGUGGGGCUGAUCGAGGCCAUCGACGAGGACAUCGGAGAGAACGGGAAGAUCGACUACGCCAUCGUCUACGGGAACGAGGCGUGGCUGUUCGUCGUUGAACGCCUGGAGAACAACUCGGCCGUGAUCAGGUCCAACGACCGUCUGGACCGCGAGUCCAUGGACCGUCAUUUGCUGACCGUAAAGUGCUUCCCGUAUUCAACGAAGAGGUCCAACAUCAUCCCGAAGCCGUACAACCGGCAGGACCCGUCGCAGAGGCAGGUUCUGAUCAGGGUGCUCGACAUCGACGACAACAAGCCCACCUUCAGGAAGCAGAACGUCACACUGGGCGUCCGGCUGAACGUCCCGAUAGACACCAGCUUGAUCACCUUCGAGGCCUUCGACGCGGACUCCGACGCCCUGCCCAUCAGGUACAGCAUGAGCAAGGCGUCCUUCGCGUCCCUCGUCGACCCCUCCAUGUCCAGGCGGGAGAUCCCCUCGCAGCUGGCCCUGAACCAGCAGUCCGGAGAGCUGAGGACCACCGGGUCCAUGUCCAGCUACGCGGACGGCUACAUGGAGAUCGUGAUCUCUGCCAAUAAUUCCGUGACACCUGGCAGAGAGACGAAUAUCACGCUGAGGAUCUUCCUGCUUCGCGACAGGGACAUGCUGAAGUUCGUGUUCUCGAGGCCGCCCGUCGAGGUCAGGAAGACCCUGGAGGACUUCGAGAGGGCCGUGCAGCUGGCGCUGUCCCUGCCGAUCAGCGUGAACGUCUAUGACACACAGUUCUACUCGAAGGAGGACAACUCGUUGGACUUCUCGUCGACCAGCUCCUGCUUCCAGAUGGUCGGCAAGGAGGCCUACGACCUGGACGAGAUGAAGGCGCUGCUCACGGACCCGAGGAAUGAGGAGCUGAAGAAGGUCUACAGGGCCUACCACGUCGAGAAGGUGCAGCAGUGCGCCGCGCUGGUCGCCAGGGCCGACGCCUCGAUGACGCAGAUGUGGGUCCUGGCGAUCGCUGUACUCGUCGGCGUCGCCACCAUCGUCUCCAGCUGCGCCCUCUGCUGCAUGCAUACCAAGUACAAACGCCAGGUGAAGCACGCAAGGUUGCGGGACCAGCCGCGGCUGCCACUGAGCUACGUCUCUUCAGGCCCAGGAAUGGUCAGCGCCGCGUCCCACACCACGCUUGGACCGGGGACCAUGGUGUCCUUGGGGCCUCACGAAAGUCCUUACGAAUGGGGCGCGGACACUACGCUCUACCAUCCUAGCACACUUGAGUCCAGGACCUAGUAGAAGACGCUUAUCUCAGGAGGCAACUAAUCGUGGAUUCACAGACCACUUUUGCUGGUUCAUGUUGAACAGUCGCGUCUCUUCGGGGAGUCCCGAAGUUUCGACAUACGGUGCAUUAUUAUCGGAGGAACGUUGAGAAUUGUUGAUCUCAGUGCUAUCAUUUAUCGGGCAGGUUGACCCAGAACUUGCGGUCCGAGACGAUUCCUCGGGCGAUUCUGAACAACUUUUUCCUUUGCGGGAAUGUUCUACGAGGCUUCGUUCUCGAGAUAUCGACCAAAAACGCGGAUUAGUUAGAGCGAAGGCACAGCUGGCGCCCCGCCCCACGCGACCGCCGCCCACUGACGCGGAAGCGCGCGGCGCGGCACUGGCCGCGUAGGCGGAGCGUUGGCCGUACUCGGCCACCGAUUGGACCAUGUUUAUUCGUCGAUAUUUCGUUAACGGAGCCUCGUAGAACAUUUUCGCAAAGGAAAAAGUUGCUCAAUAUCACGCGAGGAAUAAGUUAGACGUUCUGGUACACCCUGUAAAGUACUACGUUCGCACGGAAAUCAAAGGAAAGUACAACGAUGAUCUUAUUAACUAUACCGCCGGGGUGUCUCAUAGAUUAUUUGAAUUUGUCAAUGUUUCGAGCAUGCUCGAUAUUCCCAGUGCUAUGCCGGACGUUUCUUGAAGUCUUGCGAAGAGAAGACGUGCUAUGCCAUUGAUACCGGUGAGAUUUACUGUUAGGUGGAAUGGAGAUUCGUACUGUUACGUUUCGCGCGUGGAAGCUGGCGGUCGUGUUCGAGAGUCGGCGAAGACAGGAAGGCCGUAGAACACGUUGUCUAUUGUAAUAUGUAUUAUAGCUGUCCGAGAGGAGGGUGCAAUAGCGUCGCGGAAUAAGUCACGAGAUCGCGGAACGAAUCGUGCAACGAAGUCGACGAAUGGUGCUAUAACGUAAGAUCGCCGCGUUCGUGCCAAUGCACGGCGACACGUGCGACACGCGGCUGCAUUUGCUGGCUGAAGCGGAUCAGCUCGCGCGGAUUGUAUAUUUUUUUCUUUUAGACCGUACUCGGAUUUCAACUCAUACCGGUCGCGACAUUAUCGUAGAAAUGCGGGCGUUUUCUCUUGUAAUAUAUUUAGCAAUUAAAUAAAUUACUAAAUAAAUCUGC